AAAUUUUUUUAAAACACAUUAUAUUUAUCAGAUGUCGAUUGUUUCUAAACAAAGAAAGUAAAUUCUAGCUUAAAAUUUAUUGUCGCAAAGAUCAUUUAAUUAAGAAAUAAAUAUUAACAUUUUAUCGUUAAAAUUAUAGAUUAAAUAACAUUAAAAAUGACAGCGGUAGGAACACAAAUAGAUAGUGACAAAAGACUAAUACAAUUUGAAACUUAUGAAGACUAUUUGGAUUCCCUAGUAACAUUUGUUGACCUUGGAUAUUUGGGAAAUCUCAAUGUCGCGCGUAGAUUAGCUGAACUUGGUUAUCGUUGUACGAGCGAAACACUCGACGAAGAAACAUUUUAUCGUCGUUUGGAAGCUGUGAAAAAUUUACUUUUUCCAAUUUAUAGACCGUACGAGUUAACAUCGGAACAUGUGAUACCAAGGGAUAUGAGAAAUCUAUGGAGAGGAGAAGUAGCUCUCGAGCAGCAUUUACCUCAAGAACAAGGAGUUUACGCUCUAGAUGAACAUUUCGUGAAGAUCAAAGAGACCGGUGAAAACGAGGAGAUAGCUGUUUCAAAUCUAUUAAAAUCGGAAUCUUUCGAACUAGUUCGUAGCGGUACGUUGGAAGACGAGGGCUCGCUGCAGCCUGUGAGAAAGCAUCCCGAACCACCAGCAAACGCAUCGUCUCCGGAGCAUUACCGACAGGGGAGAGAAAUGGUAUCGAUCGUUGGCGCUUAUCAACAUGAAAGCAAUGAAAACCUCGACGAGUAUUUCAAAGCUGUGGGUGUACCAUACAUUCCACGGAAAAUGAUGUGCAUGUCCAGUCCGCGACUAGAAAUAUCGAACAACUGCGAUAAAUGGACUAUUCGCACCAUUACGAUGAUUCGUACGGCAGAAGUGACCUUUACUCUUGGCGAAGAGUACGAAGAACAUAUGCCGGCAGGAGUUAUACUGAAAAAUGUAACUACAAUGGAAGGAGAUAAUUUAGUGACAGUUUCAGUCGGUCCAGAUAACAACAAAGUAGUGCGGAAGUACGAAAUUACAAAGGAUGGUGUAGUGUUGAUAAUGACCCAUGAAAAGAGUGGCCAAGUAGGAAAGCGCUAUUUUAAGCGCCUUUCGUAAAGCUUAGUUACUGUUUGAACUACAAAAUAUUUGUAUACUUGGAUUCCAUAUAAAUUCCAUUAGCUAUUAACAAUUAAGUUUUCAAUCGCUUUAUGCGCUUUAUACGCAUAUUGCACCUAACAGUAACUUGUUGAUAACACAAUCUGAAAGCAAGCACACUUCAGAUGGUAAAAAACCUAUCAUACAAAAACGGAAGCCGCACGGAAAAUGCGUACAGUUACGAGAAAGCAAAAUUCGCCGGAUCAAUCGUAUAUGUUCCGUCGUUUCAGCAUGCGCCCUGCCUACCUUUAUUGCGUGUCACGUGCUACACAAUAUAUAAAAACACGGAUAAAUAAAAAUUAUCUUAUAAUAAAUAAUUAAAAUGUGA